GUUUAUGUUGUCCAGAGUCUGCGUCGCUCAGCGUUUCAAGUUCAGAAUUUCGGAGUUAUAGCGCCAAGAAAAAAUCUUAGGAAAUUAUGUAAAACCUACAAAAAUAUCAAUGAAAUAUCUAUGAAAAUUUCAAAGAUUUGACAGUUUGCAUUAACUGUUUGUGCCAGAUUUGGAGUUUCGAGUGUGUUUACCUAGUGUCACCGCGAAAAUGUCUAACGAAGUGCGUUGCCAAGUGCGGCCCAGCCUAGAACUGGCCAAGGAGGCUCGUUGUUAUUAACCCAACAGAUACGAGAUACAAGAUACAAAACAUAAACACGUAUCUACUGCUGCUGCUGCUGUUGCAACUGUGAACAAGUUAAAGUGAGUGAGUGAGUGAGUGUGUCGCCAUCGUACAUCGUUCAGCAAAUUACAACAAUCGAGCAACAAGCCACAAGAUGCAGUUUUGGAUAUCGCUGACAUUUGCUCUCCUCUCGGCUGCCUCCCUCUGCCUAGGAAUGGCUGCAGUCACGGCUCCAAUUCCUGCUCCACCUGCAGCUACCUCUCCCACUCCCCCUGCCGUGCAAAAGUUCCGGGUUACGCCCCAUGAUCUACAAAUUCUCGAAGGCACCGAUACCCUCCUCCGCUGCGAGGUGUCCUCGCGCGCCGGCAAAGUCCAGUGGACCAAGGAUGGCUUUGCGCUGGGCUUCUCGGCAGUGAUUCCUGGCUUUCCACGCUAUUCGGUCCUGGUGGAUGCCAAGCAGAAUGCAUACAAUCUGCAGAUCAAGAAUGCCACGCUCGAGGAUGAUGCAGAGUAUCAGUGCCAGGUGGGUCCGGCGGCAGGGAAUCCGGCCAUAAGGGCAAAUGCCAAGCUGAGCAUUGUGGCGGCACCCAGUAGCAUCGUCAUUGAGGGUUAUUCGAGGAAUGCCCGGGUGGAGGUGGAGGAGCGACAGAACCUAACGCUGCACUGCAUUGCCGAGAAUGCCAAUCCGGCGGCGGAGAUCGUGUGGUUUCAGGGCGAUGUGCCAGUACAGAAAGCACCCAUUGUCUCUGUGAAUCAAACUGCCCCGAAGCGCUUUACCACCAGUUCCACCCUCCACCUGCAACCCACCUCCGAGGACGAUUACAAGGAGUUCUCCUGCGAGGCCCGUCACAAGGCCCUGCCCCCCGAUGUACCCAUGCGCGCCCAGGUGCAGCUCUCUGUGCUGUAUCCUCCAGGACAGCCGUUCUUUGAGGGUUAUAGCCAAAGCGAGAGCCUUAAUCGUGGCCAGGAUGUGCAAAUCGCCUGUCGCAGCCGUGGCGGGAAUCCCCCAGCCCAGCUGACUUGGUACCGGAAUGGCGUGGCUGUCAGUUCCCCGCAACGCACCUCAGGACGCCUGUCGGAAAACGUGUACAAGUUCACCGCCGCUGCCGAGGACAAUGGAGCCAAUUUGGUGUGCGAGGCCAAAAAUCUGCUGGCGCCCACGCCCCUGCGAGCCGAACUCAAUCUGACGGUGUUGUAUGCCCCCAAGGACGUCUAUCUCAGUGGCGCUAGUCAAGCCAAGGUCGGCGAUUCUGUGCAAAUGAGCUGUGUUACGGCCCCCUCGAAUCCUCCUGCCCGCAUCAGUUGGUCCCUGAAUGGUCGUCCCUUGGCCAAUAGCACCUACAAGACCACCAGCAGCUCUGAUGGCGGCUGGGUCAGCAGCUCCAACAUCAGCCUGAACAUUGAUUCCCAGAGCAGGACCUUCAUAGCUGUUUGCCAUGCCCUCAACACGGAGCUCACGCAGAAUGUGGUGGGCUCCCACACGGUUAAUGUUUUGUAUCCCCCUUCGCCACCCUUGCUUACUGGCUACAAUGAUGGCGAUAUCCUCAUUUCCGGUUCCAUACUGAAACUCCAAUGCAGCUCUGCUGGUGGAAAUCCUCCUCCUACCCUCCAGUGGUACAAGAACGACAAGAGACUGAAUGCUCCCUCCAAACUGGUGGACAGUAAAAUCACUUCCGAGCUGUCCCUACUGCUCAAUGCCUCCGAUAACAAUGCCAUUUACAAGUGUGAAGUUCAGAAUGCAGCUAUAGAUAUUCCUUUGUUUGCCACCAAGACCUUGGGUGUUCAUUUCCCCCCAGAAACUGUCAAGAUCAGUGUGGUGCCCAAGAACCUAGUGCCCGGCAUUAGAGCCAAGUUAGUCUGCGAUUCCAGUUCCAGUAAUCCUCCAGCCAAGAUCAGUUGGUGGAAAGAUGGCAUACCCGUCGAGGGUCUUAACCUGGCCAAUCGUCCUGGUCUCUGGGGUGGUUCAGUGUCCACCCUGGAGAUGUAUGUGAAUAUAACCCAGGAUCUAGAUGGCAUUAUCUACACCUGUCAAAGCCACAACGAGGUGUUGCAGCGCAGCGUUCACGAGACCAUCAGCUUGGACAUACUUUAUCCCCCCAAGUUCGAUAUGGCGCAGACCACCACCUUUGUGGGCGUUGAGGGGGCGCCGUUCCAUGUGGAGCUGCUGGCCAGCGGAAAUCCCAUGGCCAUUAGCUAUACCUGGACCAAGGACGGCCUGCCCAUUAGCAGCAAUAGUCUGAGCGGUCAGCGAUUGAUCUCCGAUGGACCGCGUCUCAACAUCAGUCGUCUCAGUCGCAACGAUGCGGGUGUCUACAUUUGUGAGGCGCUGAAUAGCCAGGGCACUGCUCUGCUGGAGGUCCAGGUGGCCGUGGAAUAUGCCCCUACUAUAACGUCUGUCAGUGAGGGUCGUAGCUUUGUGGCUGGUGAACCGGCUGUCUUGGCUUGCCACAUCCAGGCUCGUCCUCUGGAGGCGGCCCAUGUCCGUUGGUCUAGAGAUGGCUAUGACUUGGCCUCACGCACCAUUUCCAGCUUUGAGAAUGGCACUGCCUUGCUGCAGAUAGCCAGCGUGGAGCGCAGUGAUAUAGGCAACUUCACCUGCAUUGUGGACAACCAGAGAGGAGCUCCAGCGGCCCAGAAUGUGCUGCUAGUGGUGCAAACUGCCCCUGAAAUCGAUCACUCCCCUAACUUCACCCGCUAUGCCGCUCGCCUGGGCGUUCGGGCUCAGCUCAUCUGCCGGGCUCUGGCCGCCCCUCAGCCCAGCUUCAUCUGGCGGCGCAAUGGCAAGGAUCUCAAGAUGCAGCGACGCCAGAAGUUUAAGAGCGUGGAACGCCAAGUAGAUCCCUUGAACUACGAGUCCGCUUUGCUGAUAGAGAACACCUCGGGGGAUGACUAUGGGCAGUACGAGUGCGUAGUUCGAAAUACUCUGGGACAGGCUAGCACCACGCUGGAGUUCAGCAAACCCACCCGACCGGAUACUCCUCUUCAGCUGAGAGUGGGAAAUGUAAGUGACACGGGUGUGGAGCUUAACUGGAGUCCAGGAUUCGAUGGAGGAAUGCAGACCUAUUUCCGGCUGCGACUGAAGCAGCAGGGAGAGGAGAAGUACAAGUAUGUGGAUGCUAAGCCGGGUUUCCUGAACAUAUCCCUGGAUGGUCUCAAGCCAGGAGCCACCUACUACUUCUCCGUGAUGGCAGCCAACGAGGCGGGAGGCAGCAAGUUCAUGCCCGACAUCAAGUUGACCCUCAGCAAGGGCUCCCAGCCCCAUUCGGCGGAGUACACCGAAAAGGAUGAGCUGCCCAAUGUGAUGAUCAUUGGCAUCACCUCGGCUGCCAUGGUUCUCCUAGUGCUGAAUGCCGCCCUGGUGGCCUGGUUUGUUAUCCGUCGCCAGAACAAGUCCCAGAGCGAGGCGGAGCCCAGCAACGAUGAUGUCUACUCCAAGGACGACAACCAGUCGGUCUACAAGCUGCCCAUCACUGCUUUGCAGGCGGAUGUCCAGAAGAAGGCAGCCGCCUCCACCUACCUCGUGGAGAACGUGGACAUAAUCCAGUCGACGGCAUAUCCGCCCAAGUACCAGGAGAGCUCCAUGUGCACCCCGCCCUAUCCGCUCUGCAAUCCGGACUUCACCCGGACAUUGCCCAACCCGAAGAGGCACAGUCAGCGGAACAGUGUCACGGGUAUGAUCGAUGGCAUGCCCAUGCGUUCCAAGGACGAUCACAUGCUGAUCUCCAAUGGCCUGUACAUCCCAUCGCCCUCGCCCGCCUCCUCGCUGGUGAUCAAGGGUAGCUACAUAUCGUCGCCAUCGCCAGCGCCGCCAGCCGAUGGAUCGUACUUCAAUAUGAGCGAUAAAUACAUGUCCUAUCCGCCAGUGACCUACUAAGCACCGUGCUGAGCGUGAAUGACAGCCACAGACAGCCCAACCCAGCCGAAUCUCCAGCUAGACUGAUUGACAUCACAUCAUUCAUAAUCACCGGCAAAAGAAGCAAAAAGAAGAUAUACUAUAUAUGGAGAGAAGCGGAAAUGGAAUAACGACGAAGCACUUAAUCGAUAGACGCGACUGUGGUGUUCGUGUCGUGUCUCUUUGGGCUGCUGCGGGUUUUAUUGAAUUUUUUAUUUUCUUAUUUCUAUUUUACGUUUGUAAUUAUUACUAUAUGACGUUGAUUAUUACGGAGCGCAAAUGGAGAAACCAUGUUGAGUGUGUUUUGAGAAAAGACAUUUGCAUGCGGCGCUCGAAGGCUGUGAUAAGUACCUGUGCCCGAAGCACGCAAGCCACACGUUGGCCACAAACCAAACGAUCAACCGGGGAGACCCCCGGGAUAUGGGAUAUUUUUAUUUGGUUUGGAGCCCACGGGGCAGGUGCGCAACCCAAAAUGCUCUACGAUAAAUGCUUGCCGCCCUUGCAACCCAGCUCCACCCACAAGCAGCAGCAUUUGUAGAAGCCACAAAAAAAUAUUAAAAAAAGAAAACAUAAAAGAAAAUAAACAACAACAAAAGAACUCUCAAAAUAUUAAUUCGUAGUAAGAACCAUCGAUAUUAAGUAGUAGGAAUUACGCAUUUUAGCAUCUAGCCUAAAUAUUACGAGUCUGGCGAGUCGUGACUCAUUCUCAUUAGCAGUUGUUCAAGUUUAAGCUAUAGGACAUACCCCGAUAUUUAUCAGCAUAAACAUAUUUAAAUAUAUAUACAUACACACAGAGCAGGCCCGAAAAGAGUAAACGAUUGUCAACGAAAAAAACGAUAGGAAAUCGAUAAUGAAAUCGAAAUCACCAAAACCGAAAAAACAGACUAAUUUUAAGCCAAGACUUGAGACAUCAAAUAAUAUUCGAUAUAUAGGUACAUACAUCUUUUUAUCAUGCAUGACAAUAAUUAUAUACAUGGUAAACAAGUUGAUGCAUGCACGCGCGAGCGCCAAAAAUUAUGCUAAAGAACUCUUAUACAUACAGAUUCCAUAAAAAUGUUAAUUAUAAAUUAGACUUUGACAGCAUUUGCAUUUAAAUUGAAGAGAGGAAAAACAAACAA